AUGCAGCCGCACGGCUCCUACCACAAAUGGGACAACUCAGAAGAGGUGGAACUCUCAAUGCAGGGAGCGAGCUGCGCACCUGGGAGAGGUGGUAAAGCUCUUUGUCUCCCUAACUGCUCCCAAGGAAAGGCCAUUGCCAUCCUGUAUGUCCUGCUGGCGAUUUGCAUUGCAGUGGUCACAGCUCUCAUCGUGGUGAACCGUGGGAAAUUGUCCCAGGGUCUUGCCGAAGCCCAGCUGUAUCGAGAUACGAUAGAAAGAGAUGCCAAGAGAAAUCUGUCAGAUCACCAGGACUAUCUAGAGUUGAAGAUGUCCAAAGAAUUCAACGUGUUUAACAGUCGACUUCUUAAUGUGUCCAAGGAGAUGGCUGGGGUUAGGUUGGGGAUUAAGGCAAUCCAAGCUGAUAAUGUGAAAGGCCCAUCACAUCUCCAGGACGCCAUAGAGAUAAGGAACCUAACGCACAGUAUGUCGAAGGAGCUGGCUGAGGUGAGAAGGGACCAUGACAGACUCCAGGAGGUCUUGAGCAGGGUGCAGGAGGAGUUACAGAACAUCACAGAAAUCAUCUGCACAACAUGUCCACCUGGCUGGCAGCAUUUUGAGAAAAAUUGCUACUUCUUUUCAACAUCGACUAAAUCCUGGUUGGAUGCUAAGCAGUUCUGUACCAGUCAAGAGUCUCAUCUAGUUAUUGUUAACAACAAACAGGAACAGACGUUUUUGUCAAACCAACUCAUUGAGCCCGAUGUGUACUGGCUGGGCCUCAGCGACUCAGCAAAGGAAGGGGAGUGGCGCUGGGUGGAUGACAGCCCCCUGUCUGUCAGGUUCUGGGGGCCCGGGGAACCCAACAAUGUUGGGCAGCACGGGGAGGACUGUGUCCACCUGCGCUUCGACGGGAAGUGGAACGAUGCCACCUGCUCCUUGACUCAUUACUGGAUCUGCGAACGGCAGUGCUAG